AUGGAGGGUUUAGAGGCGGCUGUGGCGUUUGUCUCAGAUCUUUUUUAGUUAACAGAACAGUAUAUAACACUUUGGCUUCUCUUUCUCCGCCUCUUAUUUCCAAAAUGUGGACCAAAUUGGCCAAGCGAGCCUCCUCAUCCUUAAGGAACAGUUUCCGUCUUUCUUCGUUAUCUCCGAGAAUUAUCGAUUCCCAAACAAGUACAAAACUAAACCCAUACCUAUGUCAGGGUUUCGCCAGAGUUGGGCUGAGUCGGUCAUCGUUUCUAUUCUACGAAGGUUUUUCUUCUCCGUCUUUGAUGGUGGCGGGCAGAGGUUACGCCACGGUGGCCCAGGCUAUUGAAUCGACGGACACCGAAGACGACUACGUGGAGGUUCAGGAACUGUUGGAGCAAAUGGUGAAGGCGGAUCACAAAUUAGACUGCAACAGCUACAAGUACAAGAUGCUGAAGAAGAGGCAGAUAAAGAUGGAGACGGAGGCGUGGGAAGAAGCUGCUAGAGAGUACGAGGAGCUGUUGGAGGACAUGCGCGUGCAGAAGCUUGCUCCCAAUCUGCCAUACAUGAAGUCGCUCUUCCUUGGUUGGUUCGAGCCUCUAAGGAAUGCGAUUCUCGCUGAUCAAGAGCUUUGUAAAGAGAGCAAGUGCCGAUUGAGCCACGCUCCUUAUUUCAACGAGUUGCCGGCGGAUAUGAUGGCUGUGGUCACCAUGCACAAGUUGAUGGCGCUGUUGAUGACGAAUACGAAUGGCGUGGGCACCGCCAGAGUCAUCCAAGCCACUUGCCAUGUAGGCGAAGCGGUUGAGCAAGAGGCUAGGAUAUACCGAUUUAUGUUAAGGGAGAAGAGAACCGCCUCUGACAACUCAUCUCAUCUUGCUCCUGCAGUACAAAAAGGAAGAGUGAUUGAAGAGGACGAGGAAACGGAAAAGAAGAAGACCAAGCUUCGGAAAAAAGUUGCUGGUUUGAUGAAAAAACAGAAGAGGCAACAAGCGAUGGGAUUAGUUCGGGAUCAAGAUGAUUGGAAACCUUGGGGGCAAGAAGCUCAAGUAAAGGUUGGCGCUCGAUUAAUUGAUCUGCUAAUAGAAACGGCUUACAUUCAACCACCUGCCAAACAGUUUGGAGAUGGUCCACCGGAUAUACGCCCAGCAUUUAAGCAUACCCUUAAAACACUUUCAAACGAGUCACAGAAGGAAACUAGGAGAUAUGGUGUUAUUGAAUGUGAUCCUCUGGUGCAAAAUGGCCUUGAGAAGUCCGCAAGGCACGUCGUCAUCCCUUACAUGCCAAUGUUGGUGCCGCCUAUUAACUGGACAAGGUAUGACAAAGGAGCAUACUUUUUUUUGCCAUCGUAUGUGAUGAGAAUUCAUGGAGCUAGGCAGCAACGUGAAGCAGUUAAGAGGGCUACCACGAGUCAACUUGAACCUGUUUUUGAGGCCCUUGAUACUCUUGGCAAUACCAAAUGGAGGGUAAACAAAAGGGUGCUGUGUGUGAUAGAUCAAAUAUGGGCUAAUGGAGGAGGCCUGGCUGAUUUGGUGGAUCGUGAAGAUGUUCCCCUCCCUGAAGAACCAGAUACAGAAGAUGAAGCUGAAAUCCGAAAAUGGAAGUGGAAAGUCAAAGCUGUGAAAAAGGAGAAUAGUGAGAGACAUUCACAGCGAUGUGACAUAGAACUUAAACUUGCUGUUGCACGAAAGAUGAAGGAUGAAGAAGGCUUCUAUUAUCCUCAUAAUCUUGAUUUUCGAGGACGAGCUUAUCCCAUGCACCCAUAUUUGAACCAUCUUGGUUCUGAUUUGUGCCGAGGCAUACUUGAGUUUGCAGAGGGACGUCCUCUAGGGAAGUCAGGCUUGCACUGGUUAAAAAUUCAUCUUGCAAAUUUGUAUGCUGGUGGUGUCGACAAGUUAUCUCACAAUGAUCGAAUAGCAUUUACCGAGAACCACCUGGAUGACAUAUUUGAUUCUUCAGACAGGCCUCUUGAAGGAAAUCGGUGGUGGUUGCAAGCAGAGGACCCUUUUCAGUGUUUGGCAGCAUGCAUGAAUCUCUCUGAAGCAUUGAGGAGCCCUAAUCCUGAGACUACCAUUUCUCACAUGCCAGUACACCAGGAUGGUUCAUGCAAUGGCUUACAACACUAUGCCGCACUUGGGCGAGACAAGUUGGGAGCUGCUGCAGUCAAUCUUGUUGGUGGAGACCAGCCUGCUGAUGUUUACUCAGGAAUUGCGGCCAGAGUACUUGAAAUCAUGAAAAGGGAUGCAGAGAAAGAUCCCGAAACUAAUCCAAAUGCAUUGCAUGCGAGGCGCUUAAUCAGCCAGGUGGACCGAAAGUUGGUAAAGCAAACAGUGAUGACAUCUGUGUACGGAGUGACUUACAUUGGGGCCAGGGAGCAGAUAAAGAGGAGGUUAAAGGAGCGUUGUGCCAUUGAGGAUGAUGUAGAGCUGUUUACCGCUGCUUGCUAUGCUGCAAGAACUACUCUCACUGCCUUAGAAGAGAUGUUUGAGGCUGCAAGGAGUAUUAUGGAUUGGCUAGGUGAUUGUGCAAAGGUGAUUGCUUCCACUAACCAAGCAGUCCGGUGGAUCACUCCCCUCGGUCUACCUGUAGUACAACCCUAUCGACAAUUAGGAAGGCAUCUUAUCAAAACUUCGCUUCAGAUUUUGACAUUACAACGAGAGACUGACAAGGUCAUGGCUAAAAGGCAGAGAACAGCUUUUCCCCCAAAUUUCGUUCAUUCUCUUGAUGGUUCUCACAUGAUGAUGACUGCAGUUGCUUGUAAAAAAGCGGGCUUGAACUUUGCAGGGGUUCAUGAUUCAUACUGGACGCAUGCAUGUGAUGUUGAUGAAAUGAACAAGAUACUCAGGGAAAAGUUUGUUGAACUCUACGACGCUCCAGUACUGGAAAAUUUGUUGGAGAGCUUCCAAAAGAAUUUUCCCACAUUGAACUUUCCUCCCUUACCAGAGCGAGGAGACUUCGAUCUUCGCGAGGUUUUGGAGUCUAGAUAUUUUUUUAACUAGACUCUCAGAAACUCUGGUUACUUGCCUAGUACUACCUUUUCCUGUGGUCCUGGGAGACAAGUCUAAUUGAUGAAAUUGGUAUAUAUCUCUACAUGCAUGGGAUUGUGAAAGCCUCAAUGAAAACCUUAAUGGAGAAUGAAGAAUUGGGUUGCAAACUUGAAGAAUCUUGUACUUCUUUUAUUUAUACAUUUGUUUCAAACAGACAUUUCCUUCACGAGAUGUCCCAUAGUUGGUUCUCUAGUUGUCUUCCAAAUGGGCUAUGUAUACAAAAAGGAAUGAGGUGAUCUAACUUGGGUUUGUCAUGAAAGAAAGGGGGUCUUCACAGAUAUGUUGACGUGGACUGUCAAAACAAGAAGCAUAUACAGCAGUCAAUCUGUCUUAGUUCGUGGUUGAUGUGACAGACAAAUGAAGGAUUGAAGCACUGGUAAUAAUUUCUGGUGACUUCUCAGAUCUGGAUGCUGCAGUCUGCUGGAUGCUACAGAUCUGGUGGCUUUCCCUCUUACGGAGCAGAUCCAUUCUUUUGCUGCUUUUAUACAUUUUGUAUUUAUUUUCAUUCUUUUUAGGAAAGGGUUGGGAGCAUGUGUAAUACUGUCAUUUGUUCUUAUAUUGGUUUUUUCAUUUUUUGAAUUGAAUACAUGUAAAGUAAGUAAAUACCAAUAUGGACAUAUUUUUUUUUCUUUCUUUUAUCUA